ACCAGCAGUGAUUGUUAAGGACAAGGAAGUAGAAAUCGAAUCUUGAGACCCCCACACACACGAUUUCAACAGUCUUCUGGUGAAAGGGGAACCACGACUCGAGCAUGGCGGCAAUGUCAGCCUCUCAUCACGCCAAGGUAACCCUUGAACGCAUUCUUGGGACCAUAUAUGGGAACUGUGCCGGUGAUGCAAUUGGGUUGUUGACAGAGUUUAUGAAUAAGGAGGUGGCAAACCAGAAUUAUGGGAAAUUCAAGAAGCUUGAAUACGAACAGAAGGUUCCCGAUAUGCAUCGGCAACGCUGGGAGACGGGCGACUGGACGGACGACUCGGACCAGAUGAUCCUCAUCAUGCAAUCACUCCGAGACAAUGAUGGAAAGGCAAAUCCAGUAGACUUUGGCAGCAGAAUAAAGAAAUGGAUGAUGGAAGGUUUUGAGGAGUUGGGUGACUUUGGAGGCAUGGGAAUUGGGGCGACGACUCUUGGUGUCCUCAGUCAUGAGAAGUUUGAUGCAGCACCUUGCGAGGCAGCCGAAUCUAUCUGGAUACAAACAGGCCGUUUUGUUGCCCCCAAUGGUAGCGUCAUGCGCACGUCCAUCCUGGGUAUCCAUGACUACAGGGAUAUGGACAAGGUUAUCAGCAACACUAAAGAGAUCUGUAGGACAACCCAUUAUGACCCAAGAUGCCAAGCAUCUUGCGUUGCAGUAACCACGGCGAUUGCCAUGAUGCUACAGGGACAAAAGAAACACAUGAAGAAAGAGGGAAAGAUCAAUGUUGAGGCGGUGAUCGCAGACAGUUAUAACUAUGCCAAGGAAUGCUUGACCGAACCAGAGCAGAUUGAGGAACUCCGCUUCCACAUGUAUGCCAAGAAUCUUGAUGUAUUAAACCUGGAGGAGUAUAAGAAGAUUGGUUACUGCUACAAGUGUAUGGGGAGUGGCUUCUGGGCACUGAGGCAGAAGGACUUCAGGAAGGCUCUUCAGGCUCUGGUUAUGGAGGCAGGUGAUGCUGACACGAAUGGUGCUGUAGCGGGUGCAAUGCUGGGAUGUAAGUUAGGAGUCUCAAAGCUUCCUGACUCAUGGGUGAAGGGAUUCUGCCACAAGGACUGGCUAGAUAAACAGAUAGCAGAAUAUCUUCCUGUACUGGACAAAGUCCUUGAAAACGGUGCUGAUGACAGCCUGCUGACGGCUUUCGAAACGAGAGGAACUGCCUAGGACUUCUACUGGCAGCAAUUCUGGUGACCUGUUGAACGUGGAUGUUCUCCUGUGAACUUGCGCUGCCUGUGUGUGCUUUUAAAAUAUUGACUUUUAGAGCUAAGGACUCGCUUGCAAAUUGGUGAGCUGAAUAUACAGUAUCAGGUGAUGAAGUGUUAUGUAGGAGAAAUCCCAGGAGGAAUUGUAUUGUCAGAGGGAGACGUGCUCUCUAUCACAUGAGGAUGUGACGCAGCCCAGAAUCGAACAGACCACAAUCGCAGAGGUGACCUACAUAUAUAUUAGUCAAGAAUCUUAUACUCAAGUACUCUCAGUAGAGAGGGACACUCUAUUGUGGCUUUUUCUCGUUGUUAUUGUUAUUCGUCGAAUUGUCUAUGUUGAAUAUCUUAGCCAUAAUAAAUGUUCUAUCAACC